AUGGGAGCUAAACCAUGUAGCAUACCAAUGAUUCCUAAUAUAUUUCUUACAAAAGAUGACGGAGACUCUUAUGAUAAUCCAGAGACGUACAUGAGGUUGGUUGGAAAAUUGAACUACCUUAUGUUGAUGACUCGGCUAGAUAUUGCUUUUGCAGUAAGCUUUGUAAGACAGUUCAUGUCUGCACCUAUGUUAAAACAUUGGGCCGCUCUAGAACAAAUUCUAUGUUAUCUAAAAAGGACUAUUGGACUUGGUAUACUCUACAGAGAUCAUGGGCAUACUGCACUUGAGUGUUUUUCUGAUGUUGACGGGGUGGGAUCUAAAAGUGAUAGAAGGUCGACUACAGGCUACUGUGUAUUUGUUGGAGGAAACCUAGUGCCUUGA